GCAAAGCAUCUUGAACAUCCUCAGUCGAAAAUACCGACCACAUCUUUCAACCACUCCAUAACACCGCCUCAACAUCAUGACUUAUAAGAUCGCCGGAAAAGAAGUCGGAGACAUUGGCUUCGGUCUCCUGGGUCUCACUGCCCGCGCUGUCCCUGAUGACCAGGCGUUCGCCGCUAUCCGCGCCGCUCUUGAUGCGGGUUGCAACUACUUCAACGGCGGCGAGUUCUACGGUCCUCCAGACGGCAACUCGCCCGCUCUGCUGCGGCGCUAUCUCGAGCGUUACCCAGAGGACGCCGCUCGCAUUGUCGUCAACAUCAAGGGCGGCCUCGGCCGCGACUACAAGCCCAGGGGCUCCAAGGAAGGCAUCCGUGAAAGCAUCGACGCGUGCCUGCAAACAUUGGGCCCGAAGGGUACCAUAGCCCAGUUUGAGGCGGCAAGGAAGGAUCCCAAUGCCAACUAUGUAGAGGAGACCUUGGCUGCCAUCGACGAGUAUGUCAAGGCAGGCAAGAUUGGCGGUAUCUCUUGUAGUGAGAUCAACGCCCACACGCUGCGGGAGGCGGCUUCAAAGUUCACCAUCACCGCGGUUGAAGUGGAGCUAUCUCUCUUCUACAAUGAGCCCAUGACCAACGGCCUGCUUGAAGCGUGUGCAGAGUUGAACAUCCCUGUCCUCGCGUAUUCUCCUCUAGGAAGAGGUCUCCUCGGUGGGAAGAUCAAGUCCCACGAGGAUAUUCCCAAGGGCGACAUGCGGUUGACGCACCCGCGCUUCCAGGGCGACAACCUGUUGAAGAACCUCGAGCUUGUAGCCAAGGUUGAUGACAUCGCCCAGCGGAAAGGCUGCACCUCAGGACAGGUUGCCAUCAACUGGCUCCUCGCCCUGUCCUGCAAGCCAGGAAUGCCCAAGAUCAUCCCCAUCCCUGGGUCCACCAACCCGGACCGUAUCCGCGAGAAUGCCACCAUCCUCGACUUGACCGACAAGGACAUGGCCGAGAUUGGUGAUAUCUUGGCCUCGUUCACAACAGCCGGGACGCGUUAUCCUGCUCAAGCAAUGGACUUACUAAAUCUUUAGGCAUGACCCCCGAGAUUCCGUCCUCGUUGGCGCUAUGUGACUGGGCCUCUUGACUUGGUCAUAAUUGUUAAGCACUUGUUUUAUAAGAGAUAGCAACCAUAG